GGGGGAGGUGCUGCGCGUCCAAGAUGGCGGCGCCCUGUAGGCUGGAGGGACUGUGAGGUAAACAGCUGAGGGGGAGGAGACGGUGGUCACCAUGAAAGACACCAGGCUGACGGCACUGGAAACUGAUGUACCAUCUGUCCCCAGAACAGUCUGGUAGUGGCCCUAAUGAAGAGCUGUGCAAACCUUUAGCACACGUCCUGGAGCCCACACAGCAGAGUUGAGUGAGAGAAUGGCCCAGUUAGCCAACAUUGGGGAGCUGCUCUCCAUGCUGGACUCUUCCACACUGGGUGUGCGGGAUGACGUGACGACCAUCUUCAAGGAGUCCCUCAAUUCUGAACGUGGGCCUAUGCUUGUCAACACGUUGGUGGAUUAUUACCUGGAAACCAAUUCUCAGCCGGUAUUGCACAUCCUGACCACCUUGCAGGAGCCACAUGAUAAGCACCUCUUGGACAAAAUUAAUGAGUAUGUAGGCAAAGCUGCUACCCGUUUACCCGUCCUCUCGCUGCUGGGGCAUGUUGUGAGAUUACAGCCAUCUUGGAAGCAUAAGCUCUCUCAAGCACCUCUUCUGCCUUCUUUAUUGAAAUGUCUCAAGAUGGACACGGAUGUUGUGGUCCUCACAACUGGUGUCUUGGUGUUGAUCACCAUGCUCCCCAUGAUCCCGCAGUCAGGAAAGCAGCACCUUCUCGACUUCUUUGACAUCUUUGGCCGUCUCUCGUCAUGGUGCCUGAAGAAACCAGGCCAUGUGACAGAAGUGUACCUGGUCCAUCUUCAUGCCAGCGUUUAUGCCCUCUUUCACCGCCUUUAUGGGAUGUACCCUUGUAACUUCGUCUCCUUCCUGCGCUCUCACUACAGUAUGAAGGAAAAUGUGGAGACUUUUGAAGAAGUGGUCAAGCCAAUGAUGGAGCAUGUGCGAAUUCACCCGGAAUUAGUGACUGGAUCCAAGGACCAUGAACUGGACCCUCGAAGGUGGAAGACAUUAGAAACUCAUGAUGUUGUAAUAGAGUGUGCCAAAGUCUCUCUGGACCCUACAGAAGCCUCGUAUGAAGAUGGGUAUUCUGUGUCUCACCAGCUCUCUGCCUGCUUCCCUCACCGUUCAGCUGAUGUCACCACCAGCCCUUAUGUGGACACACAGAACAGCUAUGGGGGUUCCACUUCCACCCCUUCCUCCAACUCUCGGCUAAUGUUGUUCAGUCCACCUGGGCAGCUACCUCAGGGUUUGAGUUCCACAUCGACACGGCUGUUACCUGAGCCGCUGCAAGCUAGUCUCUGGAGCCCAUCUGCGGUCUGUGGUAUGACCACUCCUCCUACGUCUCCUGGAAAUGUCCCAGCUGAUUUGUCACAUCCGUACAGUAAAGCCUUUGGUACCACUGGUGGAAAAGGAACUCCUUCAGGAACCCCAGCGACCUCUCCUCCUCCAGCCCCGCCUUGUCCCCAAGAUGACUGUGUGCAUGGUCCAGCAGCCCAGGCCUCAGCCACAGCCCCCAGGAAGGAAGAAAGAACAGAUUCCUCAAGGCCUUACCUUCACAGACAGUCAAACGACCGAGGAUUAGAGGAUCCACCUGGAAGCAAAGGUUCUGUUCCUCUGAGGAAUCUACCUGAGUUCCUAGGUGAUCUGGCUUCUGAGGAAGACAGUAUAGAGAAAGAUAAGGAAGAAGCUGCAAUAUCUAAAGAGCUUUCUGAGAUCACUACUGCAGAGGCGGAUCCUGGAGUUCCUCGAGGGGGCUUUGACUCUCCCUUCUACCGAGACAGUCUCUCUGGUUCUCAGCGGAAGACUCAGUCAGCAGCCUCUGGGACUCAGGGCUCCAGCGUGAACCCUGAGCCUUUGCACUCCUCUCUGGACAAACAUGGGCCCGACACACCAAAGCAAGCCUUUACUCCCAUAGACCCACCCUCUGGCAGUGCUCAUGCCAGUCCUGCUGGGGACAGGGAUCGCCAGACUUCUCUGGAGACCAGUAUCCUCACUCCCAGCCCUUGCAAAAUUCCACCUCAGAGGGGAGUGAGCUUUGGAAGUGGGCAGCUUACCCCAUAUGAUCAUCUCUUUGAGGUGGCCUUGCCAAAGACUGCCUGUCACUUUGUCAGCAAGAAGACUGAGGAACUGUUGAAGAAAGUGAAGGGAAACCCUGAGGAAGACUGUGUGCCCUCUACCUCCCCAAUGGAAGUACUGGACAGACUGAUAGAGCAGGGAGCAGGUGCACACAGCAAGGAGCUGAGCAGGUUGUCCUUGCCCAGCAAGUCUGUUGACUGGACCCACUUUGGAGGCUCUCCUCCCUCAGAUGAGAUCCGGACCCUCCGAGACCAGUUGCUUUUACUGCACAAUCAGCUGCUGUAUGAGCGCUUCAAGCGGCAGCAGCAUGCACUCAGGAACAGAAGGCUCCUGCGCAAGGUGAUCCGAGCGGCAGCUCUGGAGGAACAUAAUGCAGCAAUGAAAGAUCAGUUGAAGUUACAAGAGAAGGACAUCCAGAUGUGGAAGGUGAGUCUGCAGAAAGAACAAGCCCGAUACAGUCAGCUUCAAGAACAACGUGACACCACGGUGACCCAACUGCAUAGCCAGAUCAGACAGCUACAGCAUGACCGAGAAGAAUUCUACAACCAGAGUCAGGAGUUACAGACAAAGCUGGAGGACUGCAGAAACAUGAUUGCGGAGCUUCGGGUGGAGCUGAAGAAGGCUAACAACAAGGUGUGCCAUACUGAGCUGCUGCUCAGCCAGGUCUCUCAGAAGCUCUCCAACAGUGAGUCAGUGCAGCAGCAGAUGGAGUUCUUGAAUAGGCAGCUCCUGGUGCUCGGGGAGGUCAAUGAGCUGUACCUGGAGCAGCUGCAGAGCAAGCAUCCUGACACCACCAAGGAAGUAGAAAUGAUGAAAACUGCGUAUCGGAAAGAACUGGAGAAAAACAGAAGCCACCUUCUCCAGCAGAACCAGAGGUUGGAUGCCUCACAGAGGCGAGUUUUGGAACUGGAAUCUCUUCUGUCCAAGAAAGACCACCUUCUCCUAGAACAGAAGAAAUAUCUUGAGGAUGUCAAGAGCCAGGCGAGUGGACAGCUGCUGGCUGCAGAGAGCAGGUAUGAGGCUCAGAGAAAGAUCACCAGGGUGUUGGAACUGGAGAUCCUAGACUUGUAUGGCAGGUUGGAAAAAGAUGGCCGCCUACGGAAACUAGAAGAGGACAGAGCAGAGGCAGCAGAGGCAGCAGAAGAGAGGCUUGACUGUUGUAGUGAUGGAUGUGCAGAUUCCUUGGUAGGACAUAAUGAAGAGGCCUCUGGUCACAACGGUGAGACCAGGACCUCCAGACCUGGUGGCACCCGGGCCAGCUGUGGAGGUAGAGUCACUGGAGGCAGCAGCAGCAGCAGCAGUGAACUUUCCACUCCAGAGAAACCCCCCAGCCAGAGGUUCAGCAGCCGCUGGGAACCUGCCACGGGCGAGCCCUCCAGCAGCAUCCCCGCCACUGUGGGCUCACUUCCCAGUUCCAAAAGCUUCCUGGGCAUGAAGGCCCGGGAGCUGUUCCGUAAUAAGAGUGAGAGCCAGUGUGAUGAGGAUGACGUGACCAUGAGUAGCAGCAGCCUUUCUGAGACCUUGAAGACAGAACCGGGCAAGGACUCAGGCACGGAAAACAAGACUCCCCUGAGUCUAGACGCCCCACACCCAUCUUCCCCAAACUCAGACAGUGUGGGACAGCUCCACAUCAUGGACUACAAUGAGACUCAUCCCGAGCACAGUUGAAGAGGGUCUGUCAGUGUUAAUUUGCGUCUUUGUCGGCACAGAACAGAAGGUGUGAAUGCACGGUCUAGGCUUCUCUGUUUCCAGGGUCUGAGCAGCUCUGCUUGUGCGGUGGGAAUGGGACAGAGGUCCUUCUGACAGAGGGCAGAGUGUGGGACGGUGGGUUUUGGGUCUGGCAUCGAGACGCUUCCCUUCACCUUCCCCAGCCUCUUUUAUUUACCCAGCAGUGUGUACUAAUUGAGGGCCUGUGCUUUAUUCUCUCCUCCCACCAAAUGGUUAUGUCAUUUGAACCUGUGCAAUAUGAGGCCAAAUUUCAUCUUUGGGUCCAACAUACCACUCUGCUUUCCUGAGGUUCAGACAGCUGGGUGGCUCUUGGAUAGUCCAGGCAGCUAGUGGCACUGCAGGUAAGUCCGUUUGUCCCUUCCAGGAAGAUAUAGCCUACAGAGCUGUCUUUACAGGAGCAUUCCCACUGCUUUUGGUUCUGAAGUUUAGCAUCUAAGCCACAGAUCUAGAGAAACUGGCUCACUCACCUCUGCCUUUUCUUGGCAGCUCUGAUACGUGUCCUAGAAGGUUCUGUGAGAAUACCAGUUGCUUUGACAGUGCAGUUGGCACUGUGGAGGCCACACUGCCUUAACUCUCUGGAAAGCUCUUACCCCUCUGCCCCACUACCUCUUAUUUAUUUGGUAUUUGCUUGAAUGCUGGCACCAUGCUGCCUGUGGGUGGGUGUAUAGGUGUUCGUUCUGCAGUCUGCAGACAGUGGGGAGUGGUCACUAGGAGAGGCACCUAGGAUGCCCGUGCUUAUGUGGACAUGUGCCUCUGGCUGGCCACAGUUCCACCCUUCAGCCUGUUUGCCUCCCCUUGGUCCCCUUGGGUCCAGCUGCCUUGUGAUGCUGCAGCAGACAGGCUCAGGAAGUCAGGGCCUCCUUGGAGCUUAUGUGAUGAUCACUCUCGGCUGAGGGAUCGCCUCACCGUACUAGGUUCUCACAGCUUUUACACCAACUCCAACUUCAGGAAAGACCCUCCCUGGAGCUUCAUAUCAAACAUUUCUGUUAGGAACAGCAGAGCAACUCAGAGUCUGAUAAGGCUGGUGGCCUAUACCACUGCCUGCCCUCAUGCUCACAAGAGGUGACAUCGGUCACUGUCAGAACACAGUGGUGGCAGAGUCCAAACUCAACCAAUGCUCCUGAAAUAAAUGCUCAAAGUGUAAGAGUUGUUGCCUGAUAUUCUGGCCCAGGCAAGGAGAGACUCGGGAAGGAGCCAUGAGCUUGGAUUGCUUGUUUCUCUUCUGUAAGAAGAGGGUUUGGCUACAACAAAGCUAAAAACAACAACAGCAAAAUGGUACGAAUCUUACUGCUUAGGAAAGGUUCCAGCCUGAGGAUGAAAGUCUUGAGUGUGGCAGUAAAUAUCCUAGCAUCCCUAAGGAAGGCGAGACUUCACGUCACCAUGGCAGUGCUGUCCUGGGUCUUAGCACUGCAAUAGCUGACUGACAGCCAGCCCACAGGAAGAGCCGCAGAGCAGCCACUGCCCCCGGACACUUGGAGUGUGGGUGACAGUGAUGGCAUGCUUUUUCAUGUAGCUCUGCCCAAAGCAAAGCUUAAGACCCAGGAUUCUCUCACCCAAGCCCUUGGAGAAGUGGGCAGAUUGACAGAUCUCACAGGUAGUUACAGUUUCCAAGAGUUACCACCUCCACCACCAAGGUCUGCCAGAGAACAAAGCAUUUAGAAAGAAAACUUAGACUGUACAGGUGAUGAAGGUUUUGGGAGGAGAGGCAGCAGCAUGGUAAGGUAAGCUAAUAUGUAGGCUGCCAUCUCCAUGGACUUCACGUCGGCCCUCUGCACUUUCCUCCAACCUGUUCCCAUACCCAGCAACAGAGCCUGAGUAUCCUGUGUGGCUUGAGUUCUAGAAGGCUGUUAAGACUUUUCCACAUAAGGUUGGAGGACUGUGACCCUGAGACAUCUUUAAGGUACCUAACCUAAGCAUUGACUCUUUUCAAAGGACUCCAGGAUCAGUGGGUGGUUGGGUGGAGGCUUCUGUUUUAGAGAGCAGUGACAGAUGAGCUGGGAGUCAGUGGGUCACCUGGAAUAGCCAUGGGCACAAGAAAGCUUCUGAGGGGCAACUGAGUCCUGGGCCAAGGAGUAGAACGGUGAGUGUCAUGGCGGCCUAGUGUGUGGGGAGAAGUGGGGGUGUUGGUGGUGUUGAAUGGCCUUCAUCCUGUAAUGACUCGGGCUGUGUCUGUGCUUGCUAGCGGGCUCCAAGGAAACUGGAGGCUGUGUCUCAUGCAGUCCGGAACCUGUUAGAAGCGGCCCUCCCGUGCCACUGCAGUGUAGGAGAGAUCAGUGCCCAGGAGAAGAGUUAAGUGCAUAUCUCUAUGUAAUAUCCCUCCCUGCGAGCUAAGAAUGUGCUUUAGGAGUAGGGGCAAUAUGGCAGUGAGCAUGAGGAGACAGGCUCUAAGUGGCAUCUCUAGAGUCGGCAGCACAGGUGCCAGUGGUGAGAAAAGGCUUAAUCUUCUGGACUAAGCUGCAGAAGGUUCCAGCUGUGUGACAUGGUUAGCAGGGAGUCGCUCUUCUUAGAAGGCAAGCUGUCACAACCCAGGAAAAGUCUGGUAGCCACUGGUGGUUUAAAAAGCAGACAAGUCACUCUGCCCCAUGCUGCUGUAGCCAGUGACCAAGCACCUCCCAGGGGGGUGGUGGCACCAUAGGUGACAAGCGAUAGACUCAGGACCACUUGCAGAAUCUGUGGGCUCUAGUGCUCAAAGGAGAAUGAGAAAAUGUUAGCAGUCAAGGAUAAAAGAAGCUGCGAGCUGACCACAGAGCUCAGGCUGGCAGUAAGCAUAAAAAGCAAGGUGUGACAACUGAGUAUGCCCAGCCAGCAGGG